CGCGUCCGCAGUCGGUCUAAGCCUAUCCAAUCUGAUCCGAGCCAAAGAGCGCAAUCCGAACGAAAAGUUGGCCAUCAUGGCGGAAAUCAUAGCCCAAUCCGUAUCUGAAGACUACUCAAGCCAGGCGUUGGUCGCGCACGACGGCGAAGUCGAGGUGCCCACCGUGUACGAGAUACGUUUCGCCGACGACCCGACCGAGAGCACACUACAGAGGAAAUGGUCACCCGCCGUCACAGAGCAGUUCAUCCUACUUCGGCACGAGAAGCGACGCUUCUUCAAUGGCAAGAGGAACACCACCAAGGCGUUGUACCAGCAAAUCCUGGAUGAAAUCGGCCUCGGAGGCGUCGUGACGGCCGACCAGGCGCGAAAGAAAUGGAACAACCUGAUGGCCAAGUACCGCAUUGAAAAGGCCGAGGUUGAAAAGAAAGCGCGCGAAGGUGACCCCGUGCCGGAGGGCCUCAUCUGGCCCUACUUCAAACUCAUGGACACAGUCAUGAAGGACAUCGACGGCACCCUGUCCGUGCUGAUGCCCUCUCCGCAGCCACGAGUCCAGUACCUCCAGCAGCGCUACUCCAUCCCCAGCAUCCAGAGCACGGCAGACGGCGAGACGCUGGUCGAGACAGAGGUGUACGAGCCCGUGGAAGGCAGUGUGACAGGAGCACUGCAGUCGAUGCCCAUCCCCCUCGCCUCGCACCUCAACUCGGCCGCACGGAGGCGCAUCCGCCGAGAGCUCACCUUCGAAGAGCGCCUCCUCAAGGCGGUCGAGGCAGGCAACGAGACGCUCGAGAAGGUCAGCCGCACCGUCGAGACCCAGGGGAAUGCCCUGCUGUCCGUCUUGCAGCGAUUGGCAGACGAAAUCUGCAAGACGUAGCACCUGUCUGCUGGCCUGCUUUUGCGACCACCAUCCUGUGCCACUGGCCGGCCGGCGGGAAAGAGAGAGAGAUAGCUGGUCUUUUUAUUUUUACAAUAUUUUUUUUUCUAGGGGCAUUAAAAUGUUCUCGUUGUUCAGAGGAGUGCGCAGAGAAGUCAUCACACCUCCAUUCUAUGCACACUUCUGAGAAAGUUUUUUGACUCGAUCGACAUUAAAAGUGAUAUGCUUGGUUG